AGACAAACCGGUGCCAACGUGCGCGGACGCCGCCGCCGCCGCCGCUGCUGCCGCCGCCACCGCCGCCGCCGCUGGAGUCCGCCGGGCAGAGCCGGCCGCGCUUACCCGGAGCAGGCGGAGGAAAAGCGCCCCAGGAUCCGACCGGCCGGGCAGCGCCGCACACAGCGGCAAGACGACGACGAGCAGCGACAGGAGGAGGAGGAGAAGGAGGAGGAGGAGGAGGAGGGGAGAGCGGCUCGUCCACGCGCCCUGAGCCGCAGCCGACCCGGGAAGGCAGCGAGGAGCCGGCGCCCCCUGCGCCCCGCGGUCGCCCUGGAGUCAUUGCGGAUGCCCCGCCGCGGCUGCCUUCCCGAAUAGAGAGCCGAGAGAGAGAAGAGGAGCUGCGGCGGCCAGCUCGCGCGUCUGCCCUUCCGCCCCGGUGGGAGCCGACGCUGCGCGUUCUGCUCUGCCCGCGGCUCAUGCUGCCUGCCCUGCGCCCGCCCAGCCUCGGGUGAGCCGAGCCGCCUCCGGAGAGACGGGGCAGCGCCGCGGCGCCGCGGGCUCGGCGUGCUCUCCUCCGGGGACGCGGGACGAAGCAGCGGUCCCGGGCGCGCGCCGGAGGCAUGGAGCGCUGCCCCAGCCUGGGGGUCACCCUCUACGCCCUGGUGGUGGUCCUGGGGCUGCGGGCGGCACCGACCGGCGGCCAGCACUAUCUGCACAUCCGUCCUGCUCCCAGCGAAAACCUGCCCCUGGUGGACCUCAUCGAACACCCGGACCCUAUCUUUGACCCCAAGGAGAAGGAUCUGAACGAGACGCUGCUGCGCUCGCUGCUCGGGGGUCACUACGACCCGGGCUUCAUGGCCACCUCGCCCCCCGAGGACCGGCCCGGCGGGGGCGGGGGAUUGGCUGGGGGCGCCGAGGACCUGGCGGAGCUGGACCAGCUGCUGCGGCAGCGGCCGUCGGGGGCCAUGCCGAGCGAGAUCAAAGGGCUGGAGUUCUCCGAGGGCUUGGCCCAGGGCAAGAAGCAGCGCCUGAGCAAGAAGCUGCGGAGGAAGUUACAGAUGUGGCUCUGGUCGCAGACCUUCUGCCCCGUGCUGUACUCGUGGAACGACCUGGGCAGCCGCUUCUGGCCGCGCUACGUGAAGGUGGGCAGCUGCUUCAGCAAGCGCUCGUGCUCGGUGCCCGAGGGCAUGGUGUGCAAGCCGUCCAAGUCCGUGCACCUCACCGUGCUGCGGUGGCGCUGUCAGCGGCGCGGGGGGCAACGCUGCGGCUGGAUUCCCAUCCAGUACCCCAUCAUUUCCGAGUGCAAGUGCUCGUGCUAGAACUCUGGGGGGGCCCCCUGCCCGCGCCCGGACACUUGAUCGAUCCCCAUCGACGCCCCCCCACACCGCCUCCAACCAGUUCUGCCACCCUCUAGCGAGGGUUUUCAAUGAACUUUCUUUUUUUUUUUUUUUAAUGGCUACAGAGACCUAGCUUUCUGGUUCAUGUAAUGCACUGUUUAACGUGUAGGAAUGUAUAUGUGUGUGUAUAUACGGUCCCAGUUUUAAUUUACUUAUUAAAAGGUCAGUAUUAUACGUUAAAAGUUACCGGCUUCUACUGUAUUUUUAAAAAAAAAUAAGCAAAAGGAAAAAAAAAAGAACAGAGAAAGAGAGACUUAUUCUGGUUGUUGCUAAUAAUGUUAACCUGCUAUUUAUAUUCCAGUGCCCUUCGCAUGGCGAAGCAGGGGGGAAAAGUUAUUUUUUCUUAAAGUACAAAGAGAAGGGGGGGAACUUUUGUAGAAGGACUUUUUAAACGCUAUUUUCCAUUCUUCGGAAAGUGUUUUGAUUUUCCUUGGACCUCGAAGAAGCUAUAGAGUUCAAUGUUAUUUUACAGUUAUUGUAAAUAUAGAGAACAAAUGGAAUGACUAAUCAUUGUAAAUUAAGAGUAUCUGCUAUUUAUUCUUUAUAAUAUCCCGUGUAGUAAAUGAGAAAGAAGUGCAGAGCAGGAUUAAAGAAAAACCACUAAAACC